UGCAGGUGUUAAUGCUUAUGGAGAUGCCUCUGAGGAACUGGCAAUAGAUCUUUUCUAUUGGUUAAAGAGCUCACCCUCUCGAAGAGAAGAUUACAUCCAUGUAUUCAGUGAUCUUGGACUUGAUGAAGAGUUAUUUAUCCGGCAUGUACAAUGUAGGUGGCUCACACUUAUUCCUGCAUUAGACAGAAUUGUCAAGAAAUGGGAAGCGAUCAAGAAGUACUUCUGGGAAGAAUUGCCCAAGCAACAGAAGCCCUCAAAGACCUUGGAGAAGAAUGACCGGCACAAUCGCAUAUGUAGAAAACUAAGGGACAAGUCCUUCCCAGUGCAGUUGGCUUUUCUUGUGUCUGUGAAGUCAAUCUUUAAGAAGUUUCUAUGCUUCUUCCAGAGUGAAGGGCCACUGAUUCACCUACUGCGUCAUACAAUGUGUGAACUACUGAAGUCCCUAAUGGGUCGCUUUCUCAAGACCCAAGUCCUGGCAGACAAAGAGCGGAAGCACCUGCUGGCAAUAGACUAUUCCAAGCCAGAUAACCAACUUUCCAUGUCACAGAUGGAAGUAGGAGAGAAAACGCGAUCAGCUCUGUCCAAGCUGUCUCAUGACCAACAGAAGAAAGCUCUUCUAGGAAUGAAACAGUUCUAUGUGGACACCACAAAGUAUCUGAUUGGCCAUCUAACAUUAGACAACAAGCUUUUGAGAGAUGUCUCUUUCCUGCAUCCAGUUCUUAGGGAUAGCAAGCAUGGAGUACAAGCUAUACGUAGACUGGCAGUUAUGAUGCCAACACUAUCAGAAGAAGAAGUUGCUUUGGUUACAGAUGAGUGGAAAGUGUACCAGGCUGGGCAAGUCGACGAGGAGAGUGCCACAAGAAGAGUUGACCAUUACUGGGCAGAUGUGUUCCAGGAGAAAUCUCUGCAGGGAGAAUGCAAGCAUUCCGUUCUUCAGAAGCUUGUGAAAGGCCUUCUCUGUUUAGCUCAUGGCAAUGCGGAUGUAGAACGAAGUCGUUCUGCAAACAAGAAGACAGUUACUCCUGACAGAACUUCUCUUGGUGAGUUGACAAUAAAUGGUUUGCGUACUGUGAAAGAUCAUGUCAAGGUGUCUGGAGAGCCACAAAAUGUUAAGAUCACAAAAGGGUUGCUUGAAGCAUCGAGAGAUGCACACAAGGCACAUGCAAAGAGGCUUGCUGAUGAGAGGGAAGAGCUGGCAAAAAACGGAGAAUGGAAGAAUCAGAGAAAGAGAUGCACAGGGAAAUUGAGAAACAGAAAGAAAAAGAAGUAGAGAAGUUGGAAAAAGGAAGACUAAAUUUGUCUGACAGAGAGAAAGAAUUGACGAAGGCUGAAAAACAGAAAGACAGUGAGCUACACAUUGCUAAAACACUCUAUAAAGAAGCAAAUGAACGACUUUCACAGGCAAUUAAGGACAAAAACUUCAACAAGGCUGCAAUAGCUCAAGGGCUACUUAAAGUUGCCAAGCAAAAGUUGGAAUAUGCAGUGGAGCAAACCAAAGAGUGUUCAAACAAGAGAGUUGAGCUUGACAAAAACAAAGAGACUCCUUGAAGACUACUCCAAGCAUCUAUCUACCAAAAAGAGGAAAGACUAAGUGUGGAGGACAUUUAUAUGAUGUACAUUUAAAGUGUAGUAAUGUUGUACCCAUGAAUACUUUGAGAGCAUGGUGGUAAUGCAUGAGUUCAGUAGCAUUGUUGAGAUUACAAGAAAUGAUUGAUGUGAUCAAGAACGUUUGCUUGGAUGAAUUUAAGACUGAAUGUGUUAAGAAUGUAAAGUUUGAGAUUAUUUCCAACAGCGUGCUCUCUGGUGUUGGAACAGAGGAGGCUAUUGCAUUCUGAAUAACACUAUCCUUUAGUGUAUCAGCUGUUUAAUAUUCUGUUUUGUUGAGUGUAGAAAAUGCAGACAGAUAAGGCAAUAAAAAGGAUCUUUUUGCUUUAUAUGUGUUGAAAAUACUUUUUAAAAAUCCCUAUAUUCCCCCUAUAUUUUUUAAAAUUCCCCUAUAU